AAAGUCAAUACUUUUCUCAGCAAUUUCUUGCUUGCGCUAAAUAUUUCCAGUUUUUUAAUUUUAUUUACAUAUAAAGAGAAACCUUCACGAUCUUUGCGUCUUCUAAAAAUAUUUCAUUUAUUUGUAACUGUUUUCCUUUACUGGUAUAAUUUAAUUUGUUCAAUUUUUAAUCUAUUUAAAUUGCCGGCAAACGGCGCUGCCCCCGCUGCAUCGGAGGGGUCGGCGAUGAGUAAUACCGUUCGCCUCUCGUGCUGAGUGACGUCGUGCAGCCGCGGCCGGCAAACGAUUUGCAGACCGCAGUACGAUACGGCGAGGACACACGACAGGACCCGCCCUCCGCGUUCGCAUCUUCUCGCACUCGCGCCAUUCCCGCACCCUAUCGAUCACUCGAUUCGACUUCAGUCUCCUUUAUCUUUUACGUAAGAAAACAUGGAUGGCGCCGAUGCUCUUCUCGGAGGUCUCGCGAGUGGAGACUCCGUACCAGCAGGAGACGUACCGCCUUUGGAGCCUACCAUGAAGAGGGAUCAGGACUCAAUGGACGAUUUUGAACAUCUUGAUCGUGACGGAAAGAGAGACGCUGGUGAGUCACCUCACCGCCAGCCUGCCGCCGCUACACGCAGUUUCCUCGAUAUGGAACGCGAGCUACUGUCGGAGCCGCCUCGUGCGCCUUCCGCCUCGGCAGACCAUAUCGCUGACAAGUUCACAGAUAGUGAGUCAGACGCUGACACGGCUGGCGAGUCUCCCAUACACCGGGUGGAGCCCAGAACUGAGGCAGUACGUGCCGCUGGCUAUACACCUGAACCACCGAGCGACCCUACACCUGUUCUAGCGCCAGCGACCGCACUGGCACCUCUUUCGCCACCUGCUCCUAGUGUACCGGUGGCACCCGAGAAGCCUCUACCGGAGGAGCCCAAGCCAGCAAAGUCACGCGAGCCGACACCUGAGCCGCCGAUCGUGGACCCUGUUCCCAUGCAGUCGGAACCAGUACCUCCACCAAAGCCAGUAGUGGCUCCAGAGCCAAAACGCCAAAUAGCGCAUGUAAUUGAGGCCGAGGUUAUCUUCUGCCAGAUGGGACUGGAUGCCUGGUUCGACCCGCAGAGGCUGCACCCAGAAGUGGAGUCGCUGAUCUACUGGCGGUCGGCGGCGCACAGCGGGCUGGCGCUGGGCGCGGGGCUGGCGCUGCUCGUGGCGCUGGCGUGCUGCUCCGUGGUGUCGGUGCUGGCCUACGCCUCGCUGCUGGCGCUCUCCGCAGCCGUCGCCUUCCGCAUCUAUAAGAACGUGCUACAGGCUGUGCAGAAGACUAACGAUGGUCAUCCAUUCAAAUGGCUGUUGGAGCGCGACAUCAGCGUGCCGGCGGAGCGCGCGCAGUCGCUGGCGGCGGCCGCCACCGCGCACCUCAACGCCGCGCUCGCAGAGCUGCGCAGGUUGUUCCUGGUUGAGGACUUGGUGGACUCGCUCAAGUUCGGCGUCCUGCUGUGGUGCCUGACCUACGUAGGGGCCUGCUUCAAUGGAAUCACGCUCAUCAUACUCGGGUGGAUAGCACUGUUCACUCUGCCGAAGGCGUAUGAGAUGAACAAGGCGCAGGUGGACGCCAAUCUCGAACUCGUACGUGGAAAGAUCAACGAGAUCUCCGCCAAGGUGCGGGCGGCGGUGCCGCUGGGCAGGAAGUCGGAGAGCGAGAAGGACAAGUAGGCGGGAGCGAGACGCAGCACGCUCAGUACUUCACUGUUUGUUAUAUUUAUUAUUAUGUACUAUUAAAGAUAACUACUUUACGUGUAAAGCUUUAUGAGACGAGUCAUGCGGAGAUUAUUGUAUUUGCUUUUUGAAAUUUUAAAUUAAAAUAACUGUCGAACCGA